AAUUUCCAUUUCGGUGGCAAUUUCUAGGAUCAAAAUUUUCCGACUAAUCAAACAGUUACAGAAAGCCAAGAAAAUAUUUUUUCGACAUGUUUGCUUCUACAACCUUAAGCCUGUCCAACCACCUUACCACGCCGGCCUCGGCCAUACCCGAACCUAAGCCCAAACCUACACAACCCUCCUCUCUCUCUACCCAAACCAACGAAGCCACCUCCGAACCUGAGUCCGAACCACAGCUCCGGAAGCUCAAGGGCAGCCCCAACUGACCCGCUGGUCCAGGUCUCGAGCCACACGAUCCACCCGGAAAUUGGACCGCCAGGUCCACCGUACAGGCACCGCAGUGGAGGUGAACCGGUCGGUUAACUGGGAGGAGAGAGAAUUGCCGGAAUCUUCUCCGGCAGCCGUGGGCGGCGGAGAGGAGGAGGCGGAGGUGGUGGGGGCGAAGGCGAUAUAUAUGGUGUCUGACGGCACUGGGUGGACGGCGGAGCACUCUGUGCAAGCGGCGCUAGGGCAGUUCGAUCAUUGCUUGGUGGAUAGGGCUUGUCCUGUAAAUACCCACUUGUUCUCAGGGAUUCAUGAUGUAGAGCAACUAAUGGAGAUUGUAAAGCAAGCAGCUAGAGAAGGUGCAAUGCUGGCGUAUACUCUAGCUGACCCUUCCAUGGCUCAAUCUGCCAAACAAGCCUGCAAGAUAUGGGGUAUACCAUCAACUGAUAUACUGGGCCCAAUUACCGAGGCAAUUGCUACUCAUCUAGGUGUUUCGCCUUCUGGCCUCCCUCGUGGAGCUCCGGGCCGGACUUCCCAUCUUACAGAAGAAUAUUUCCGACGGAUUGAAGCUAUUGAAUUUACCAUCAAGCAAGAUGAUGGGGCCUUACCUCAAAACCUCCACAAGGCGGACUUCAUUCUUGCUGGUGUCUCUCGUACUGGAAAAACACCACUAUCAACUUAUUUGGCUCACAAAGGAUACAAAGUGGCAAAUAUCCCAAUUGUAAUGGGUGUUCAGGUGCCGAAGACUCUUUUUGAAGUAGAUCAGGAAAAGGUUUUUGGUUUGACUACAAAUGCUGUUAUACUCCAAACAAUUAGAAGAGCUCGAGCAAAGAGAUUGGGCUUCAGCGAUGAAGUGCGGAGUAACUAUUCGGAGAUGGACUAUGUGAGAGAGGAAUUGGAAUAUGCUGGCAGGAUUUUCGCGCAGAAUCCUAUUUGGCCUGUGAUUGAGGUCACUGGAAAGGCGAUUGAAGAGACAGCAGCAGUUAUGUUGAGGCUUUACAAUGAUCCGAAGACCAAAUGUGUGAUGCCAAGAAUCUCAAAGCGCUAUUAGAAAUGGUAAGUUUCUUUUUUCUCAAGCAUUCUUGGAUGGGAUGCUAAUACUGAAGAAAGAGAGCAAAUAUCUCAACUCUAUGAAUAAGAUAGUUGUGAGACUGGUUUUAGCUGCAGAUACUUGUAACGAAGUUUUGAGUAUUUAAUUAAGUUGAGAGAACUUUUGUUAGCCUAUUGAACUAGUGUUGCUGUGAUUCUACUGCUUGAUUUGUAUUUCUCACAUGUGGAGUGGUGGGAUUUAACAAUAUUUGAUUGAAUGGGCACUUUAAAAUUGAAUUUGAUA